GGUUCUAUUUUUUAUUCUUCAACAGAGUCAAAAACACAUCUUUGUAGUAUUGCUAUUACAUCAUCUUUUAUUUAUUUAUUUUUAAAAAAAAUCAACAAUACUGGUAUGUACGAUACGUUUGCAUAUUGAUGUACAUUUGGAAAAGUUACUGAGAAAGAAACUCAAAAAGCUUCGGCUGCAUUUGACUUUGGAGAAAAUGAUUGAAGGCUGAAGCAAAGCAAUGUCUGACGCUAAUUUAUAGAAAGGGCCUUCCUGUCCAGAAAAUUAGUGGUUUGUAUAUAUAUAUAUAUAUAUAUAUAGGAAGGAGGGCAGAGAGGAUGAAAAUCUUCGAAGGCACAUGUGAUUUACAUGUUGGGAAUUUGUGGUAAAAAUCUUUUAAGAGUUUUCAAUUAAUGGUAAUUUAUGGUGCUUCUACUGAAGACCAAAAUGCAUGGCUUAUUCGGUCGGUGCGCAGAGCUUCUGGUAUCAAGGAGAAAGUGGGACACGUUGGGAUCGUUUCCAUUUUUGUUUGCUGCGAGAAUCUGCACGGGACAUCAUUGUAGAGACUCGUAUGAUUAUACGUAUUUGUUAGAGCAAUGUAAAAGUAAGAAAUCUGUUAAAAAAGUGCAUGCCCAGAUAGUUAUUGGAGGUUAUGAGCAAAACCCAUUUGUUGCUGCAAAGCUGGUGGGGAAGUACGUUGAGUAUGAUUCGAACAUGGAAGUUGCAAGCAAGGUGUUUGAUAGUUUGUUGGACAGAGAUGUUUUUGUGUGGAAUAUGGUAAUCCAAGGUUACGCAAAUUUGGGUCCUUUUGAGGAAGCUCUAGAUUUGUAUCACCAAAUGCGGCUAAGUGGCUUAUCCGCAAACCGUUAUACUUACCCUUUUGUUUUGAAGGCUUGUGGUGCUAUGAAAGAUGGAAACAAAGGUCAGCUUGUCCAUGGCCAUGUUGUGAAAUUAGGGCUUGACUCGGAUUUGUUUGUUGCCAAUGCUCUUAUAGCUUCCUAUGCCAAGUGUAAGGAUGUUGUGAUUUCCAGAAAAGUGUUUGAUAAUAUUCUUGAGAAAGACAUUAUUAGUUGGAAUUCCAUGAUUUCAGGGUAUACUGUUAAUGGACAUGUGGAUGAAGCUCUCAUGCUUUUCCCUGCCAUGCUGCAGGGUCAUACCACAUGCUUGCCUGACCAUGCCACUCUUGUUAGCACUCUUCCUGCUUGUGUUCAAGCAUCAGCCAUCCAUGUAGGCUUUUGGAUUCAUUCUUACGUCAUAAAAUCUGGCAUGGAAGUUGAAUCUGCUUUAGGCAGCGGUCUCAUUUCAAUGUAUGCAAACUGUGGACGAGUGAGCAUCGCAAGAGAAGUUUUCGUUCGAAUCAAAGAUAAAAACGCAGUGGCAUGGAGUGCAAUGAUAAGAUGUUAUGGAAUGCAUGGGUAUGCAGAUGAAGCACUCCAGAUGUAUUCACAGCUGUUAGAGUCUGGCAUACACCCGGAUGAGGUUAUAUUUUUAUGUUUAUUAUCCGCAUGUAGUCAUGCAGGCAUGGUAGCAAAAGGAUGGGAAAUUUUCAAGGAAAUGGAUGAUUAUGGAAUACAGAAAAAUGAUAAUCACUAUGCUUGCAUGGUUGAUCUCUUAGGAAGGGCUGGGUUUCUUGACCAGGCAGUUGAGUUUAUUGAAAGCAUGCCUGUGCAGCCAGGGAAAGAUGUAUAUGGUGCGUUGCUUGGUGCCUGUAGAAUACAUAAUAACAUAGAACUAGCUGAAGAAGCUGCAAAGAAGCUGUUGAUCUUGGACCCUGACAAUGCUGGACGGUAUGUUAUUCUGGCAAAGAUGUAUGAAGAUGCGGGGCGGUGGGAAGAUGCAGCUAGAGUGAGGACUGCGGUGAGAGAGAACAAAGUUAGGAAACUAACCGGAUGUAGUUCAAUCGAGGUGAAUUGCAUUCAUCAUACAUUUGGAGUAGAUGAUAUGUCUCACCCGUUAACCGACCAGAUUUUCAUCACAUUGGAAAGAUUGGACAGGAUAAUGGAAGAAGAAAUAGUAAUAGUCUGACAACGCCAUUGUGGCCUCAAAUCAGGCGAAUGGCACAGAUGCUAAGCUUGAAAUUUGCAACGUAGUUGAGGAAGAAGAAAAUGUUAUUAAUCAUUGUCACUGCUAAUUCGUAAAAGCCAUGUUGUAUUGCAAUUAUGUAACUUUGCACUAUUAAAUUCAAUUCAUUCUUUUACUAUUUAUUA